UGGAGCCCGGGGCAGAGCCAUGGGAGGAGGACUUCUCAAUGGACAGAGAACUGGUGUUGAAUACUUUUUCAUAAACUCAGUGGAACUAGAAAAACAGACGCAACAAGCCGCUUAAGUAAUAAUUUUUUCUGCGAUGUAGAACUUUGACUUUGUUUCCCGAGCAUUAGCAGCACAGGAGUGAGCUGAGGAGUGUUGUAGCGCUCGUGAGUGUUUUAUUUGGGAGUAAUUUCCUGUCGCUCCCUGGAAAAAAAGGGGAAAGUUUACCCGUUGUUGUUGUUGAGAUAUUUAUGUAAUUAGCAAUUAAAGCGGGGGUAUAAAAAAAGGGGGAAAAAGCCUGGGCGUGUUGCCCAAAGUUAGUGCGGAUAACCUGGGACUACUGCAGCCGCCUCCCCGUGGACAAGACACCACUAAGCUGGACCCACGCUCUGGACAACAAAGAAAAACCUCUCAACAACCGGACAAGUUAUUUAAUAACCAGCGAGCACACCCAGCAUUUGGAAAACUGCGGAUUCGUGGAGUUGCAGGAAACGGAACAGCACGCUGGGAUGGAAAGGGAAUUAUGAAUGAGUGGUUUGGCAAACAAAGGAGGACACCUCUGUCGGACUGAACACCGCCGAGCAACGGGAAAAGCCCGAAGAGAAAUGGAGGAGGAGAGCUCGCUUGAGCCAAACAACACACUGGCAAAGGUUUCAUUUUUGUCUUUAACGCGGUCCUUUUCAUAACAAGGCCGCUCACUGUCUCCCCGUUUCAGUAUCAAAACAUUAUUUCCCCCAUUUUUCGCCGAUGCCGCAGUGGUUUUCUGGUCGCGUGUGAAAAUGAGGGUGGAUCUGCUGCAGUUGUUUGUGCUCGUGGUGCUCGGCGGUUCGGCGGUGUCAUUUGAUUGCAAAUCAUAUGAUGAGCGCCCGAAAAGCGUUGGGAAAAGCCUGCCCCCCGACAGGAAAGUGGUGUGCAGCAACAUGGAGCUCCAUCAGGUGUUACCCCCGGACUCCUUCCCCAACAGGACAGUCACGCUAAUCUUGAACAACAAUAACAUUCAAGAACUCAGAAAUGGGUCCUUCAUUGGAUUGUCUACACUUGAAAAAUUGGACCUGCGGAGUAACCCGAUCAGUCAUAUUGAACCAGGCGCUUUCCUCGGAUUGCCAGCACUCAAAAAACUGGACUUGUCCAACAACAGCAUCGGCUGCCUCAACGUGGACAUCUUCAAGGGUCUCACCAGUCUGAUCAGACUAAACCUUUCAGGGAACAUGUUCUCUUCAUUGGCCCAGGGGAUCUUUGACAGCUUGGUGUCUCUGAAGUCUUUGGAGUUUCAGACGCCUUACCUGCUGUGUGACUGCAACCUCCUGUGGCUGCUGCGUUGGAUCAAAGAGAAGAACAUCGCGGUCAAGAACACCAAGUGCUCCUUCCCCCAGUCUCUCCAGGGCCAGCUCAUUACCUCCAUCAAGCUGGAGCUCAUCACCUGUGAUGCUCCACUCGAGCUGCCCUCAUUCCAGCUGACUCCGUCCCAGCGUCAGGUCGUCUUCCAGGGGGACAGCCUGCCGUUCCAGUGUCAGGCUUCCUUCGUGGUCGAGGACAUGCAGGUGCUGUGGUACCAGAACGGCCGCAUGGUCAAGUCCGACGCCGCCCAAGGCAUCUUCAUCGAAAAGCACAUGGUGCAGAACUGCUCGCUCAUUGCUAGCGCCUUGACCAUCUCAAACAUCCAGCCUGGUUUCACCGGGAACUGGGAGUGCCGGGUCAGGACAAGCAGGGGCAACACCACCAGGACCGUCCACAUUGUUGUGUUGGAGAGUUCCGCUGAGUACUGUGCUCCUGAACGCAUCUCCAACAACAAGGGAGAGUUCAAGUGGCCGCGCACCCUGGCAGGGAUCAGAGCCUACCUCCCCUGCAACAGACUGCCGUCGAGCGCCGGCAUCUACUCGGGCGGCUCGGCCGAAGAGCAGCGGGCGUGGCGCUACUGUGAUCGCAAGGGGCUGUGGACGGAGGACUACUACUCCCGCUGCCAGUUCCAGAACGAUGUCACGCGGUUUCUAUACGUCAUUAACCAGAUGCCUCUGAAUGAGAGCAAUGUGGUGGCCAGGGCUGGGCGCCUGUUGGUGUGCACGAUCGAUGCUGCCAACUUCUCAGACAAGAUGGACAUCAUCUUCGUGGCCGAGAUGAUUGAGAAGUUCGGCGUGUUUGUUGAGAAGUUUAAAGACCUGGGUGAGGUGAUGAUAAGCAUGGCCAGUAACUUGAUGCUGGCCGACGAGAGGGUGCUCUGGAUGGCUCAGCGUGAGGCCAUGGCCUGCUCCCGCAUCGUCGCCUGCCUCCAGAGGAUUGCUGUUUACCGUCUGGCCACAGUACAAGUCUUCUCCCUGACGUCCCCCAACAUAGCACUGGAGGCUCACAUUGUCAGAGCCAACGACUGGAAUGGGAUGACCUGCAUGUUGUUCCAGAGGUCCAGCCCUGAGCGCACACCCGGACAGGACCGCCAACUCGCCUUCAAAUGCAACACAACCAGCUCCUUCUCCAGCAUCCUUCACAAGAGCCCCAUUGUGGAGGCGUCCCUGCAGCUUCCUCAGUCUCUCUUUACCCAUGCUGCGCUCCCCGGGCAGGCAGAGGACAUGGUCUACAAGCUCCAUCUUCUGGGCCUCCGCAAUGGCAAGUUUUUUCCCUCCACCAGCAACUCCUCCCAACUGGCUGAUGGUGGGAAGAGGAGGAGUGUUGCCGCCCCGGUAAUCAUGGCCAAGAUAGAGGGCAUGUCCCUGCGUGUCCUGAGGACGCCCGUUAACAUCACCCUGCGGCGGUUUGCCCGCGGCUCAGAUGCUGUGUCCGCCCGCUGGAACUUCAGCCUGGUGGGAGGCCACGGAGGAUGGCAAAGCGACGGCUGCCGCAUUCUGAGCCAUCACGACAACUUCACCACCAUAUCGUGCAACUCUCUGGGGAACUAUGGUCUGCUGAUGGACCUCAGCAGUGCGGAGUACCUCUCUCCAAGCAUCCAGCCCCUGCACCCAGUCAUCUAUACCACUACUAUCAUACUUCUUAUCAGCCUGCUCACCAUUAUUAUCAGCUACGUCUACCACCACAGGUCUGUCCGUGUGAGCCGCAAGUUCUGGCACAUGCUGGUCAACCUCUGCUUCCACAUCUCCCUCACCUGCGGAGUCUUUGUCGGCGGCAUUAAUCAAACGCGAUAUGCAAGCGUGUGCCAAGCAGUGGGCAUCCUGCUGCACUAUUCCACUCUGGCUACGACUCUGUGGGUGGGGGUGACUGCACGCAACAUUUACAAACAGGUGACGCGCAAGCCCAAGCGCUACGAAGAGCUGGACGAACCUCCACCACCACCGCGGCCUAUGCUCAGGUUCUACUUAAUCGGCGGAGGGAUACCCAUCAUUGUCUGUGGGAUCACUGCAGCAGCUAACAUCAAAAACUACGGCAGCCGGACCAAUGCACCAUAUUGCUGGAUGUCUUGGGAGCCCAGUAUCGGGGCUUUUUAUGGUCCAGUGGGAUUCAUCAUCUUCGUGGACUGCAUGUACUUCCUCAGCAUCCUGCUGCAGCUGCGCCGCCACCCCGAUCGCCGUUAUGAGCUCAAGGAGCCGAGCGAAGAGCAGCAGCAUCUGGCUCCAGCCAACGGGGAGGCCGGGUCAGAUGGUCCCAGCAGCCCCUGCCACCCCCUCACUCUCCAGCUCCAGCCUCACGAGGCUUCGUCCUCCGUAGCGUCCGCUCCCCACCCUGUGCCCCUGUCGGCCCUGGAGAACGAGCACACCUUCGCCGCCCAGCUGAUGGGUGCAGCGGGGGCGUUGGGGCUGUAUGCGGCCCUCUGGGUGUUCGGGGCCAUGGCUGUAUCCCAGGACCACCCCUAUGACUUAGCUUUCACCUGCCUGUUUGGGGUGGCCGCACUGGCACUGGGCGCGUUCAUGGUGGCGCAUCACUUUGUCAACAGGCAGGACAUGAGGCGCUAUUGGUCCCAGGCCUGUUGCUCCGGGAGACGAGCCUACUCCGAACAGGAGGAUGCUCUUCUGCCUCAGCCAGGCGUGGCAAUGACAUCCACAGCAGGAUCAGCUAGCAAGGCGGAUGGGGAGUCAACGAAGUGCGGCCAGAGCAGCGCAGACUCUUCUUACACAAAUAAGAGCGCGCCGAGCAUGCGUAACUCCGCCCACGGCAGCAAGCUGACCAAUCUGCAUGCAGAGGCAGCUCAGUGCAAGUCCGCCCCGGCGCUGGCGACCGCCAACGGUGCAGCUGUUUUGGACAACAGCCUGACGGAACAUUCACUAGACAAUGAAAUCAAAAUGCACGUAGCGCCAGUCGAGGUGCAGUUCCGCCCGGUGAACAACAUCAACAAUCCGGUGGCGGCCACCAACGGACACGCGAGCAGGCACCACAAAAACAGAGCGCGGGCGCACAGGGCGAGUCGGCUAACGGUGUUGCGAGAGUACGCCUACGACGUCCCCACCAGCGUGGAGGGCAGCGUGCAGGGCAGCGUGCAGAGCGCCCCCCACAGGCGGCACCACCAUUACGACAUAGCGGCACGCAAUAGCCGUCGGGCAGCAUACAUGGCUUACAGAGAGCGGCAUCAGAGCCAGCUGCAGCAGGACAGCAGUGACAGCGCGAGCCUGCCGCGCCGCCCCCGCGCCGCAGAUAAAGGAGGCGGCAGCAGCACCCUGGGGAACGGGACGGUGGUGACUGAGGAGGCCGAGUGCGUGGCUACCGCUGCUGGGUCAUGCUCAAGUAAAGACUCCGGUCCUGUACAGCAGACAAGCGGCACAGAACUAGACAGCCAACCCAAGUCCUAUGGGCUCAACCUUGUCACUCAAACCGGUGGCACAGUUAAAGAAAACGGCCAUGCAGUGCCUUUAAUUAACACGGAGAGUGCAGCCAGUGUAAAGACUGGCUUGUGGAAACAUGAAACUACUGUGUAGCGAGCGUUUCCGUCCCACAGCCUGCAUUGUGAGGUGCUCUCACCUUUUUAAACUGUGAAGUGUCUCUUUUUUUUAGUUUUCCGAUUGUACAUUUAUUUUAUGAACAAUCAAAUCAUUACUGCCACUGAACUAUCUUUGUCAAUAUGUUUUUAUUGUAAAUGGUCUAUUUUUAUAACUUUUUCAGAGUUCUGUACUGCACGGUCUGAGCUGUGGCCCGAUGCGUACCCUUACCCCGGCACUCCCCCCCCCCCAGUUUCUAGUUUGUCCCAACAAUAAUAAAACAAAAGUUCUGGUUACCAAAUUGUGAAAGCUUUAAUUCUUGUGAUAACACCGACCAUCUCCUCUUGGGUCUGCAGCCAGUGCAAAGGUGAGCCAUGGCGGUUUUGUUUCCAAGAGUUACUCUCACUGACUAUGUAUGACAAGCUGGUAAUUGGGUUUUUCACCGACCUUCAGCUGGCCUCGGGUUCCCCAGCUUUAAUUGCAACUAGCUGGUGGCUUUGGGCUCUGUAGGUGUUUUCUCCCUGCCUGCUGGCAGAUUUGAUGAGUGCACUUGUACACCUUGGGUUCCUGCUGACUUGAUGCCCGGGCUGAGACUGACAGCCGACUCACAGAGCAGCUGCCAUGAGAAGAAAGAAUAAUGAGAAGAGUGUAUUCCUCCUUUUCCAUCCUCCGACUCCUCCACAGCCUGAACUAGAGUCCCGCUCACAGCUUGACAUUGCUGUUGGCCAGAGAGCGUAUCGUAUGAUUUGACUGCUGAGCAUUAGAUGGAGUCGUAUGAAUGUAUCUGACAUGGUGGUUGUGUCGGCAACAGCCACGGGCCAUUCAAGUCUGAUGUUGAAUCAGGUCUCUGAUUUUGUAAGGGGGAUUCAGACAUUUUUAAUAAGUAGGGCAAGUACCGUGAAAUUAUUUUCAUAAACUCCAUGGAAUUUCCAAUAUUAUGAAAUAAGGCAAUUACUACCUACUUAAAGUGAUAUUCACGUCUUCUCACAGCAUGCCACUGACAACCAUCUUGAAAUGUGGGAGGUCGUGCUGCAAAAAUAUGCCCGUAAUUUUCCACAUUUAAGAAGUGAUGAGUGGUCAUCGCCUAUUGAUCGACUUGUCAGUGGCAGAAGACGCGGCGAGCUGGCACGGCUCCAAUAGCUCCCGGUUUUCAUUAAUGGCAUAUUAAUAAAAGACACAUUUCACUCAGGCAAAGAUAUAUCGCCCAGCCAUCUUGGAUGUGACAAAUUAUAAUAAGACUUCUGAAUAAUGUAGCGAGCAGUUACGCCUUGAUUCGUCGGAGCCUCGCUGAUUCCCUCGAGGCAUGAAAGAGUGAUCUCCAAAUAAUUGCCACGGUUCUGUAGCGUUGCCGUCUGUUCUAAAGUUCAUCAUAGGGCGUCAGCGAGGCAGAAAUGACAAUCGGAGGAUGUUUGUGCUGUGAGGGGGGAAAAAAGCUCAUCGGGGCAAAUCAAAUGAUGGUAUCUCUGCUUCAAGAUCACAGGGACACCUUGGGCAGAAAUCAAUAAUAAAUUAAGAUAAAACAAAUUGAGUUAUUCAGAUCUUUUCUUAGUCCCAGUCAGAAGUCUGAGGGUCAGACAUAAUACAUCAGAGAGUCGUAUUCAAACACCCAAAGCAUCAGCUUCUGAUAAACGGUCUAUUUUCAGAUAAAGUGAUGAUCCCUCCGUGAAGUCUCUCUUCCAGCCAGUUUCCACUUAGUGCGCUC